AUGUCGGACUCUCCGGUCAAAGUUGAUGUCUCUGGCAUCGGGAAGGUGCAUCUACUUCGUGCACUUUGGGCUAACUCCGAAGUCUCAGCAUGGUGCCAAAUCCACGACGUCUACGAAGACUUUGACGAGCGGGCUGCAAAGAAGGCAUUUGCUGAGUCUGACGGUUCUUUUGGCUAUUUCUGCAGCCGUGUCAUCAAGUGUAACUUAAAGGGAGAUUCGGUGGAUCCCUGGGGAUAUGAUCGGGACAAUGGAAAGGGUGCGUUCCAAAAGGUUGUGAACGAGAUUCGCGAGUCCUGCCGCAUUCCGCCAGUGAAGCCAGAGUCUGCUGAGGGUGCUGCUGAAGGUGCCACUGAUGAGGCUGCUACCGAUGCUUCAUCAAAGUGA